AUGCAAGGGCAGACGCGUGUGGGCGCGGCCUUCUACGCGGGCCCUGCUUCGGCGCGGCGCGCGCCGCCCUCGUCCUGCGCCUCCGCGACCGCGCGGCCUCUGAAGCUGCCAGCGGCGCGCGCGCCGCGCCACCACCGCGCCGGCAUCGCCUUCGAGGAGAACGCCGGCCUACGGGAAGCCCCCGUCCAGGAGACGGAAAUGUGUGUCCUUGUCGCGGCUGAGGAGGACGACGAGCACCAGGACUUUGACUCCUCAGACGGCCGCGCGAUGCCUGUCUGGACGGACGACUCGUCGUCGGCUGUCUCUGCCCCGGAGACGCGCCUGGUGCCUGAGAGACGCGCGCUCAGCCACUGCAGGUGGGCGCAGCCGCCCCCCUGCGCGCGGGCCUCGUCCCGCCCUGGUCCACAACCGCGCCGCGACCUCGCGAAGCCCGACCGAGGAGACGGGACGGCGCGAUUCGUCGUCCCGGCUGUCGUCAUGGUCAUGCGGACUCUCGUGCUUGCGCUCCUCGUCUCCGCGAGCCCCCGCCUCUCGCUCUUCUCAAACCCUGCACCCGAGGCCUUCUUCCUGUGGACCCUCGUCCUCCUCACCGUCCUCGCCUACCUGCGCACGUCCCUCGGAGACCCGGGUUAUCUGAACUACUGUCCGUCGACGCUUCUCUCACCGAGCGAGACGGGGCGUUUGCUGCGGCGGCGGUCAGUCGACUCGCGGGCGCUGGAGAGGAAGAAGUCGCGGGCAGCGGACCUGGCUCUUGCGAUCGAGGACGCGUCCCUUGUGCCGCGCAGAGACGGGGUCGCGAGAUGCCGCGCAGAGAACGGCUGGCGGAGUGCAGGGCGAGACUGUGGAGGCGGAAGCGGAGAGGAGGGAGACUCGAACCCGCGCGGCGGCGUCCGCAGGCCAGAGAGGGACGGAGCAGCCGGCCGUCGGCGCGAGGGCGACUUGGAAGAAGACAACGAGGCGCGCGACCGCGAGGCCAGUCGCGAGGAACGAUACGGCGCGCAGCCGCUCUUCUACUCGCGGACAGAAAGACUUCGCAGACUGGAGGAGGCGUCGCGCGCGGCGAGCCGCUCGCGUCGGGAGCGCACCCCGGCCGAGGAGGAAGACGAGAGCUGGCGGACUGGCGGAGAAACCGAAGGCGGCGAAGCGCUGCAAGAGCUUCUCAGCGGCGAAGAGCGGGGCGAGUCCUCCUGCUUUUCGAGUGAAGAAGAAAACGAAGUCUCAGACGGUUUCCAAGAUUUCAUCGGCGACGACGACACAGUGCCGCCCGACGACGCCUUCCAGCGGCACACCGGCUUUCCGGCCUUCACGAGCACCGACCUCCCCGCCUACCUCCGCCCGCAGGCCUCGACGCCUUCUGCGGAGUUCCACACGGUGCCUACGCACAUGUCUCCUCCGAGCGUCCCCUGCCUUUCUGCGGCGCUGACGCCGCCCUCGUCCGCAUGCCUCUCUCCGCCGGUGGCUCCCGCCGACGUGUGCAGCGGGUUCCCUCGGCCUCACCCGACGGCGGCGCCCGCGGCUGUGUUGCCUCGCGGGUCGUCGUGCGUGUCGCGUUCUUCUUUUGCGUCUUCAGCGGCCUCCCGGGGCUGUCCGCCGCCGCUCUCGCCAGGGGGCGCGGCUGCGGAGCCCGACGAAGAAGCCCCUGCGCUCGGAACGCCGACCUUCCAGUCUCUGCCACCUAUGGGCGCCGGGAGGCCGGCCUCAUCGAGCUCGAGUGAAGGCGAGGGGGACGCGCGCCGAGGCGGGGGGAGGCGCCUCCGCGCGGCGGGCGCGAGUGGCUACCCGUCGCCUUUUUUGCUGCAGCCGAGCGCCGCGGGCAGCCGCGCCGACGGCCCGGCGGCGGCUGCGCCCUCCUUCGCGCGUUCUUCUCCGUCGCUGCCGCCGUCGGCGCACCCGCAGGCGGUGACGUUCUCUCUUCCGGGCGACGAAGGGGCGUCGCGCCGCGGCCUGGAGCCGCUGUCGCUCCUCGACCGGUCGCCGCAGGGAGCGGAGGCGAAAGACUUGGGGACGGUGGGCGUCUACCUGCCGAUGCCGCCGUCGGCGCCCUGCGCGGACCCAGCCGGCGGAGCGAGCCGACGAGCGGAGGUGGCUGGGGGCCGCACGGAGAGCGCGCGGGCGGACGUGGUGAGGGAGGGCAGAGGGAAGGACGCGCGGGCCCUGUAUUUCCUCGAUGAAGUCGAGGAGGAGGAGGACGAGGUCUUUGACGACAUCCCGCUCGCCUCGUCGCCCUCUCGGCCGGAAAUCCUGGUUGGGCGCGCGAGUGACGGCGGGGGUCGCAGCCGCUCGUCGGGCUUCCCGCUCUUCUCCCCUCAGGACCAAGCGUCCGCGCUGGGUCGCGGCGGCUGUCCUCCGUUCCUGCCCUUCUCAGACGUCUACGCUUCCUGCAACCGCGUGUUUCACUUUGACAGCAGCACGGUUCCCGACUCUGCGCUCUCGCCUUCCUCCGUGCUGUCCUCGCCCGCGUACAGCUUUCUGCCGCUCUCCAGGUCGCCCUUCUUCGAUCACGCCGACAGGAGCCUGAGUCGAGCGGCGCCGCGCGCGCGCCGCGAGUCCUGGGGCGGCAUCUCGUCCUCAUCCGACGACGAGGGGCGCUCCGACCCCAAGGAUACACCGGGGCCCGUGGAGGAACCCGAGUCACCGGGGCGCGACGCGAGUCGACGCAGGAGCCGCAGAGCUUCCACAGGCAGCGCGGAGGAGGGAGGCGGGCGCCCGCAGGCCUCGGACGACGAGCUCGCGGCACAGAGACGCCACGGAAGACGAAGCGGCCGGGCGCGACUCGCGCGGUCGGCGUCCAUGUCGCCGCUGGACUUAUCCGAGGAGGAGGCGGGCGCGGCGAGCGGAGGCGAACGGGGCCGCAGAGGCGAAAAGGGAGCCUGGAAGAACAACAGAUUCUCUCUCUUCCUCCACAGCCACAAGCGGACGCUCAAAGGCGACAAGUACCAGCUCCUCAGCGAAGAGGACGACGGCGGCGAGCACAGCUGCGACAGGAAAGAACGCAGACGGCUGAGCGAGGGCGACGAGCGGGGCCGCGCGCCCCUGAGACUGCGCGAAGAAAAGAGGGGAAUCCCGCUAGGACUCCUCAAGGCUGAGCCGCGGACAGACAGCAGGGAGCUCUUGAUUGAGCUCUCGCCUAUCACCGUCUCGCGCCCGCGCCCCGUGGCCGGCCCCACGGCGCCCAGGAGAGACGGCGGGAGAGACAAAAGCGACGAGCGCGAAUGGCGCGCCGCCGCCGUCAGGUCGGGCGAGGGAGGACGCCUCGAAACUGGAGAAGGGAGCAGCGUCUUGAGCGCCAUUCGUGGAGACGAGAGGGCACGAAGCAGCGACGGCGGGGCUAACGGAGGAGACGGCGACUUCAGCUGCGGCAACGACGAGGACUCGGAGAUCGACGAAGACGACCGGAGACUCCGGUCCUGGGCCCCCGAAAAGCCCAGCCGCGAGCCCCCGACGCGGGGUGUCUCCGCGCCCGAGCGGCUCUCCGACGCAGACGGACGGCAGACCAGCGCAGAGACGCCCCGUCGACUUCGCGCCGGUGGCGACGAGGGGGCGUGGAAGGAAGUAGACGAAGAGGAAAGCGACGCUGAGGGCCGGAGACGGCACAGAGGGAGGCGGAAGGCGAAAAAACGCGAACUCCUACAGGACGAUAAGGGCAUCUUCCACGUGUCAAGAAGACAAAUCUACCAAGCCUCCAUCAAACUCCGAUUCUGUCAAAUAUGCUGCAUGUACCAGCCCUUGCGCACGAAGCAUUGCCCUCAGUGCGGCCGCUGCACCCGCACCCACGACCAUCACUGCCCGUGGAUCGGGACGUGCGUUGCGGAGGAGAAUCGCGUCUACUUUUACUUUUAUUUGCUUCUCCAAGCGCUCGAGCUCCUCGUCGUCGCGGGGUUCUACAUCCGCGCCCUCGUCUGGCAAAGCGAAGGACAUAUCCAAAACCCCUUCUACUUUGUGACGCUCUUCUUGACGCUCAUGUUUUGCCUCUUCCUCUCGUGCAUGGUGUCCUGUCUCUUCUGCUACCACACUUACCUGAUGGUCUCCAACUUAACCACGUGGGAGUCGAUGGCCUGGCACCGCAUUUCAUACCUCAAGGAUGUGCCCGAGUCCAAGGGGUCGCCGUUUGACCGCGGUAUCCUCACCAACACAUACAUUUACUGUUUUCCUCCAUCCUGCUGCCCUACGCUUCGAUGCUUCCUGCGUCCGCUCCUCCGUGUUUGUCUCCUGCCCGUGUGGCGGGUCGCGGCCUUCGUCGUCGCCCGCGCCCUGUCUCCGUGUCUCCGCUUCGGGCGCCGGCGCCUGUGCGGCGCGAGGGCCUUCCGCGGGACAGGCAGCGCAGGAAGGGCCGCCCGGGCCCGAACGCGGGCGGAGCGGGCUUACGCGGGGCGCAGGGCGCUGGGCGGGUUCCUGUGCGGACCGAACGGAGAAAUUUGGUGGGAACCGGGUUCAUCGCGGGCCUCGAAGGGCUUUGGACAUUCCUUCUGUCGUCAGCUUCUCGAGGACUGA